AUGUGCCAAAAGACGCAUUUCUUGUCCGCGUGUCCGGAUUUUCAAAACAAAAGCGUCGCUCAACGACGUGAUCUCGCGAAGAAGUUUCAUGCGUGCUACAAUUGUCUUAGCAUACGGCAUACUCGCGACGCGUGCUCGAGUAAGAACACAUGCCGGCAAUGUCAGCAAAAACACCACACGCUUCUUCACGCGAUCGACGUGAAUAACACUAGCUCGACAACCGAGAGCUCACCUUCAUCCACGGACGCGAAAACAGAUUCAACUAACGAAGUAACGUCACAUUUGUUGUCGCACACGACCUUCUCGAAAUCAAAUAUUUUGUUGGCUACUGCCUGGAUGAGAGUGAGCGGUCUCAACGGUCGACAUGACACAGUUCGUGCGUUAUUGGAUCAGGGUUCCGUUACCACCUUGAUCACCGAACGAUUGGCUCAGCGAUUGCGCCUCCCGCGUACGCGCGUCUCCGUCUCUAUCACUGGGAUCGGCGAGACCGCUGCCACCGCACGCAGCGCAGCUACCGUUCAAUUGUCAGCUCGUGACGGCACGGGCCCGAGGCCCUCCGUCUCCGCUCUCGUUCUCAAGUCGCUUAAGACUUACGUUCCGCACCGCGUGCCGGAUAUAACCAAUAAGUCGUACAUACGCGAACUAACGCUAGCGGAUAGUGAUCCUACUAGCGCAGCGCCGAUUGACAUUAUAAUCGGUGCUGAUUUAUAUGGCGCGAUUCUACUACCGGAAGUCCGUAGUCGCGCUCCCAACGAGCCCGUUGCUCAAAACUCGAUUUUCGGAUGGUUCCUGUCCGGACCAAUGCCAGCGCCGUCGCGGCCGGCUCGCAUUCAAGCGCAUCACUGCACGCUGCUGGAGGAACUAUCGGAUCAAUUAAAACGGUUCUGGGAGGUCGAAGAACUUCCUCAGAAAGCGCAUCUCUCACCGGAAGAGAUGCGAUGCGAAGAGCAUUUCGUAUCGACGCAUUCUCGCGCCCCCAAUGGGCAAUAUAUAGUGCGGUUGCCGUUUAAAUCGGGGCCCCCUAUCGAAAUCGGCGAAUCAAAAUCGUCUGCUAUCGCGUUGUAUUCGCGCCUCGAAGCGCGGCUAAAGUCAAAUCCGGACCUCGCAAAAGAAUACAACGAAUUUCUCGCGGAAUACGAGCGUCUCGGACACAUGGUCAAGGCGCCGCUAGACGAACCUCCCGAUGGUCAGGUAUAUUAUAUACCACAUCACACAGUUAUACGCGAACACAGCUCGACAACUCGUCUGCGCGUCGUAUUCAACGCCUCGCAUCCGACUUCCAAUGGUCUCUCCUUGAAUGAUCAUCUCAUGGUUGGCCGCAAACUGCAACCUGAGUUGUCAUUUAUUAUUUUGCGAUGGCGGCAAUAUCGGUUUGUAUUUACCGCCGAUAUCGCAAAAAUGUAUCGCCAAAUCCUCGUCCACCCCUCCGAUGUGGAAUAUCAGCGAAUCUUAUGGCGACCCACUCCGACCUCGCCAUUGAUAGCCUAUCUCUUGUUAACAGUCACGUACGGUAACGCGAACGCGCCGAAUGCCGCCCUUCGUGUCGUCGACCAAGUCGCCAAAGACGAAGGCGCGGAAUGUCCGUUGGCCGUCCCGGUAUUGCAGCUGCACACAUACGUCGACGACUGUGUGUUUGGUGCAGACGACAUCCCUCUCGCGCUUCAAACGCGAAAUCAACUAAUCUCACUAUUGAAAAAAGCGGGAUUUCAUCUCCGCAAAUGGGCGAGCAACCAGCCUGUAUUGCUUGAAGGCAUCGAUCCUCAGGAUCAUGGCCUUGCUUCCGCAAAAACGCUCGAAGCGGACGAGCGUCUAAAGGUACUCGGGCUCAAGUGGGACCCCAACCAAGAUGUCUUUCGAUUCAACGUCACGCUCGUAGAUUCCGUCCCCGCCACCAAACGCUCGAUUCUCUCGACUAUCGCACGAAUUUUCGACCCUCUCGGCUGGAUGGCUCCCGUCGUCAUCACCGCGAAAAUUCUUAUGCAGCAACUCUGGCUGCUUCGCUGUGAGUGGGAUAACGUCAUACCGGAGGAUCUUCUCCGCAAGUGGAGAGAUUUUUAUUUUCAAUUGCCGCUACUGAAACAAAUCUCAAUUCCGCGGUGGACAGGUUACGGAUCCGACACGCUCAGCGCGGAGGUUCAUGGGUUUGCCGAUGCGUCCGCCUCCGCAUACGGCGCGGUGAUUUAUUUACGAGUCACGCACAUCGACGGGACAGUCGAAAUUACGAUGCUCAUGUCAAAAUCAAAAGUAGCCCCGCUCAAACCCAUGAGCAUUCCGCGAUUAGAGCUGUGCGCCGCGGUACUGCUUGCGCGCACAAUCGACGCGAUCCGAUCCGCUCUCACAAUCGCAAUCAAGUUUUACCACUGUUGGACCGAUUCAAAGGUCACUGAAGCCUGGCUAUCGCAGCCUCCUUCCCGAUGGCCAACAUUCGUAGCAAAUCGAGUCCACGAGGUACAAACCCUCCUGCCGACCGUCGAAUGGCAUCACGUGCCCUCACAACAAAACCCGGCCGAUCUCGUGUCGCGAGGAGUGCCUCCGAAAGAUCUUAUCAAACAAUCUUUGUGGUGGACAGGGCCUGACUGGCUCAAGCUGUCGCCCGAUCAAUGGCCAAUCGAGCCUCAAUCCCACGCGCCGGAAAUACAGCCCGAAGAGCAAGUUCGCGCUCCCGUGCACGUCAUGCAGCCUCGCGAUCGAUGGGAUCUCAGCGAGAGAUUCUCGUCGUGGAAUAAGCUGGUGCGAGUCACCGCUUACGUCGUGCGAUUCACGCGCCGCGCUCGCGAAGGAGGUUGCGGCAGGGCAAACGCGCCGUCGCAGAACGAGCCGGAACCGCUCAGCCCGGACGAAGUAAACUUCGCGCGCAUCUUCUGGCUGAAGAACAUUCAGCGUCAGUUGUUCCCCGUCGAAUAUGCUCAGUUAGAGCUCUCACAACGCAUCUCGAAAAGCAGCAAACUACUGUCGUUGAACCCGUUUCUCGACAAGAACGGGCUCAUUCGUGUGGGCGGUCGCCUCCGCCAUUCGACGUUUCCGCACGGCAAAAAGCACCCAGUGGUACUCGCUGCCCAUCCGGCAGUUGCCGCGUUAAUACGCGAUACUCACUUACGCGCCCUCCACGCUGGGCCGCAAUAUACGUUGCACCAGCUACGCGAAACUUACUGGAUAUUACGAGCGCGUCAAACGAUCCGCGCUGUUCUACAUCAAUGUGUCACAUGCGCUCGGGAAAGCGCCAAGAUCGCGAGCGAGUUGAUGGGCGACCUGCCCGUGUACCGCGUUACGUCAACGUCUCGUGCAUUCCUACAUUGCGGAGUGGAUUACGCUGGACCAAUACAGGUCAGAUCCACACCCGGUCGAGGGUACAAAUCGAGGAAGGCUUACAUAGCCGUGUUUGUGUGCAUGGCAGUCAAGGCCACGCAUCUAGAGUUGGUUGGCGACUGUACGACUUCCGCGUUCGUUGCUGCUUUCGAUCGUUUUUGUGCGCGUCGCGGCGUUCCCAGUGACAUGUAUUCGGACAACGCUACGACCUUUCACGGAGCUCAUCGCGAAAUAUCCGCCGCAUGGAAGCGAGCCGUGUGCGAUCCAAAUUUUCAGAAUCGGACCGCGACUCAAGGCGUGCGGUGGAACUUUAUUCCUCCGUCCGCGCCGCAUUUCGGCGGGCUGUGGGAGGCAUGCGUCCGCAGCGUCAAAUUUCAUAUGAAACGCGUCAUCGGAGCGCACACGCUGACAUCCGAGGAGCCAUUAUACCGAUCCCUGUUUGUUUCGUAG